AGGUUGAGUCGCUGAGUGGGGUCCUGUGUCCCAUCAUCUCUUAUAACAGGGAGAGUGAAGUUGAAGGCGGUUGGCCAAGAUGCCAGAAGAGAUGGCGGACAGUGGGAGGAAGCUUGUGACUCUCGAUGACCUCAUCGAUGCCCUGGACAAGCGCGAGAGGGCGCCGAGCAACGUCCCAAAGGUCGAGACAUUCCACUUCAAAGGGGAUCGGGUAUCUGAUUGGUUGGAUCUGACGGAGCAGGCGCUGGUGGGGCUGUCAGAUGAGGUCAAGCUCCAGCGGGUCCUGAGGUAUGUCCUACAUAGUCACCAUCGGGAAGUAACUAAGGUUGUGGACGCCGCCAGCGGCAUUUGGGCAAAGUUUGGGGACCUAAUGCGAAGGAAGUAUAGGCUGGGGGACGGCCUGUUGACCAUGGCCGACUUUGAGGCCAUGAACAAGGAAGACUUCUCCACCAUUGGGGCGUUCGUGCACGAGUUCAAGAAAAAGGCGAGGAAAGUGCACGGGAUUUCUGAGGAGGCGCAGUGCGCCACAUUUUUGGGGCUGCUCACAGGCUCGGAGGCUACAGAGCUGACGAAGCGCAAGAGGAAGGAGAGGGAUGCUACUGGAUCCGGAACCCCCGGGGUGAAGAGAAUUGUCACGGACGUGUUGGCGGCACUGGGGUAUGACAAUGAAGCGGAGAUACAGAAAAGAGGGGUGCUAGUGGCCCAAGGACGGGCGUCAGGGGCAGUAGAUGAGGAGGCUGGGCAAGAAGACUACGGCGGAGGGGAGACAGGCUCCCAGGUGAGGGACCAGCCGAGCAUCGCAAUGGUGGAUACAGGCGCGGAAAUGAACAUCAUCCGGGAGCGGGAUGCGACUAUGCUCGGGCUGGAGGUCGACCAUUCAGACCAUGGCAUGUUGCAUGGUGCCAACUGCAAGGCCAUCUUCUGCGGCACUACGUCUAAUGUGAUGGUGAAGAUUGGGAGAGUAAGGGCGCGAACGUGCUUAUUUGUCAUGCCCGAUGUUGACCACCCCAUCCUUCUGGGGAGGUCGUUCCUCUGUCGAACGGAGACCCUAGUCUUCAACAGGCAUGAGGGGACGAUGAUCCUGGCCCUAUCUGAUCCGGCUUGUGAAAUCAUCAAGUGUCGGAACACACGGCCCGAAACUGGGAGGAACAGGCUCAACCUCGGCUCCUUUACCUUCGAGGAGUCUGAGUACGCGCGGUGGAGACUCCGGGAGGAGCAGGAGGAGGAAGCGGCAGGCGAAGUGUUGUCCCUGAGCCUUAUUGAUGUAAAUAAGGCAAUGGAGGUGGUGGCGGCGCAUGAUAUGGCGGACCCGAAGGCUAUAAAGGCAUUGAGGGAGCAGGAUUUGCAACGAUUGAAUGCAGUAACAGUGCGGGACGCGGGAGGGUUGCCGAACGCGGACGCCCUGUUAGAGUCAUGCGCAGGGAGGCCUAUAAUCUCACCCAUAGACCUUUAUUCUGGGUAUGACCAGUUUCCUGUGUACCCACCGGAUAGGCCAGUGACGGCGAUGCAUACGCCAAGGGGGUUGAUCCACAUGAACGUGGCACCUCAGGGGUGGACUAAUGAGGUGGCAAUGGUGCAAAGGCUCAUGAUUAGGGCCAUGCAGACGGUUAGUCCACAUAUCACUCAGCCCUACAUUGAUGAUUUGGCGGUCAAGGGUCCAAAGGAGAAGAGGGAAGACGAAGUGACGCCAGGAGUGAGGCGGUUCGUCUGGAAGCACAUCCAGGAUAUUGAUCAGGUUCUGGGUUUGCUGGAAGAACACAACCUGAUGGCAAGCGCCCUUAAAUCGAAGCAUUGUAUGAGGCAGGCCACGAUUUUGGGUUUUGUCUGCAACGAGAAAGGGCGGAGGCCGGAUGUGAAGAAGACGAACAAGAUCCUGGAGUGGCCAGUCCUCUUUCAGUCGAUAACGGACGUGAGGAGCUUCCUUGGGACCUGCGGGUUUUGGAGGAGUUUUGUGAAGGACUUCGCCUCUAAGACGGAGCAUUUGAGGAAGCUGGUACGUAAGGACCAGGAGUGGGUCUGGGGCGAAGACCAGGAAAAGGCUGUGGAAAGGAUGAAGAGAAUUCAAGGAAUGAGGCUUGGUGCUGGGGGCGCCAAACUACGAGGUCAUGGAGGAGAAGCCAUUCGUUGUCGAGACGGACGUCGGACCAACUGCCUUGGGAGGGGUCCUGAUUCAGGGAGAUGUGGAUGGGAAAGAAAGACUGUUAAGAUCGAUGUCAUAGCAGCCUUGCACUAUGGUAUAGCAGGGGGGCACAGAGGGGUUAGUGCCACGUGCGAGAAGAUAAACGAGUUAUACCAUUGGGAUGGAAUACUGACCAUGGUCAUCAAGUACUGCCAGUCCUGUGUACCUUGCCAGCAGAGGUCGGCGCAAAGGCCCGGGAAGCUUCUGCACCCCAAGCUGGAAAGGGAAGAGGGUGCAGUCGUACACUUGGACCUAUUGUUCAUGCCACUCGGGGAGGACAGGAGCAACUAUAUCUUCGACGCACAGGACAACCUUACCGGGUUCGUGGACGGCCGGGCUAUUCGUACGAAGACUAGCCCAGUUUUAGCAAGGUGCAUCGAAGAGUACUACCUGCGCUAUCCAUUUGUCAGAGAGUUUGUGAUGGACCGGGGGUCGGAGUUCACUUGUAAUGAGGUGCGGACCUUGCUUGCAGGGUAUGACGUGGUAGCGAAUUACACUACUGUCGCGCACCCCCAGGCAAACGCGCCUGUGGAGAGGGGGCAUAGUACCAUCACGAAUCUCCUGGCCAAAUGGACGGAGGGGAAGCCUAACCAGUGCCCGAAAUUUCUGAGAGCAUCAUUCUUCGUGGAAAACGUCACAGUAAAAAGGACUACCAAGUCUGACUUUUCGAAGGCAGUCAUGCAGAGGGGCGGGAGGGACACACGGCCAUGCCAGGGGCCCCAGAGGAUGGAGGCAAGGGGCGAGCAGAAUGAGCCGCCUAGGAGGGAGCCUAUGCCUGAGUUUGAUGACGACAACAUUGAGCUCUUCUUGGACGUAUAUCGGGACCAUGCGGCACAGAGAGGGUGGUCAGUGGCAGAGAGGAUUCACCACUUGAGGGGUGUAGGGCGGUUCCAGGAGCCUGUCGCUCAGAUAUGCAAGGAGGCCCUGACUUGGCCAGAUGUGGAGGCCGGGAUGCAGAGGUUGAGAGCUUCCCCUAGGGGGCGUGAUGGCAUGCCCAUUCGAUUGGAGGAGGGGAACGCAGAUGAGUUCAUCCCUGCGUAUGAGCACUACAUGUUGAGUCUGGGGGUUGCGCGGGAGGAAUGGGUACAGGCCCUACUUAUCUGGACAAGGCAGGCAGAGAGGCAAGUGGCCAAACAGAUUCGGGAGAGGGCUCGAGACUGGGAGGACUGUCAGGCCCAGCUCAGGAGGGUGUUCGGACGGCCACAGCACGAGAGGCACGAGCCCAGAGUUGAGAGGCGGCGGCGAAGCAAGAGGCCAAGGGAACCGGCACCGAGAGAGGCGGGGCUGGCUAGAGAAAGGAGGGGAGCCCCAGCCCAGCGGGAGGAUGAGCCCGCAGGGCCCGCAUUGGCAGAGGAGUCGUUCCCUGCUUGUGGCCUCCGGGCAGUUGAGUUUCGGCGGAUUACAAGCGAGGAGUUGAGGCCGCCCUCGCCACUGCCAUCAACGCAGGAGCUGGACAUACCAAGAGAGACGCCAUUCCGAAGCUUAGCGACUCAUCUCGAUGUAUCCCAAUGGGAGGCCUCACGACUGGGAGAGGGCUCAGUUGAGCCGGCGUGCUACGUGCCAUUGGAGGAGCCCCUCGACCCCGAGAUGGAGACAGACAUGCGAGACGAAGAGGAGCCGCAGGAUCCUGAGAUGGCAGCCGAGCGCCCGGAUCCGGUACGACCUCAGGGUAGAGAGGUGAUCACGGUUGGGGACGAUACCCCUCCAUGCUCCCCAGCUCCAGAGCCAGCACAGCGUUUAUGGCCAGAGGGGAUUCCAGAGCCAGGCAGCGAGGAGAUUCCGGAGUCUUCCCCUGCGGCCGCCAUUACGCCUGAGCAAGAGGCAGAGGCGGAGGAUCGAGGAGUGUGUGAGAGGGCAAGAGUGGAGGCGCCCUUUGACUUGCCCUCAGCCACGCAGGUGACCAAGAACCCGGAUAUCGAGGAGCCCGUUUCAGCAGAGUUACCGCCAGUAGUGUCGUGCGCGAGCGAAGGGAUGGAGGCGGAGGCAUCAACUCCAGGAGCCCAGAGACCGCGAGUGGAAGGAACCCCAAAAGAGACCCGCGAAGAGAAGUCCGCCCGAGUGCGGGUCCGUCUGGACGAGAUACACGCAAGACAGGCGGAGAUGGAGGCGGCAGGGAUAGAGCCGACACCGCCGGUCGAGCCCAAGACGAGUGAGCAGAGGAUCGACGAGUUAUGGGCUAGGUAUGAGAGCCAGAGGGAUGCAGCCCGCCAGAGGUCACGAGAGGAAGGACGGGCAGACGAGGAGACGAGUGAGUUGAGAGAGAUGGGGGACUUGGGGUUCUCCGCGACCAGGCAGGCGAUUGAGCGCAUGGGCCGGAGGAUAGGGCAAGCCGGUGUCGAUGGCGAAGGCCGGGGGAUGCGCGCCUCGCCGAGCCAAGGAGCAGCAGUGGAGGUCCCUCGACAGAGUGAGCCGAUGGAGGAGGUGCCCUUGGACGCAGUUGAGGAGGAAGGUAGGAUGCAGGAGUCACUUAUGGCUAUGUCCACGGAGAGGAGAGGUUCGCACUUGCAUGAGCUGGCGGCAGCCAUGGGGAUAGGCACUCCACAGGAGAGGCCUCAGGGACUCGAUGCUCCAGAGCAGGCCCCGAGGUUGGGAGAGUUGAGGGUGGAGCUGGGCUUCUGGGCCACGGAGACGAACUCGGGAGGGCUCGACUCGCAGCAGCAGCAGCAGCAGGAAGUCAUGAGUGAGCCCACCACCAUG